AUGGCGGAAUUCUUUAAAGCAAUAGCAGAAUACCUCCAGGCGUCGAUGAAACAGUCGCCCUACGUCUGGUGUGCUGCUGGACUCACAUUUCUCAUCGGCGCUCAACUUGCGUUGGCCGUGUCCAUUGCUCAUGGUGACGAGGAAACUGUCCGCAGGCAACUUCACAACCUGCAAAAGUUCGGCGCCAGCAGAAAAAAUGAUUCUCUUGAACAGACUUCCGAAAAGGCCAUUGCUCGAGAGGCCGAGUCCAAAGAUGAGAAGGCCCCACAGCUGAGCAAAAUCUCGCCAGUUGCCUCAUGCGCACCCAUCGAACUCAACUUAGCUGAGCACCCAGACGCUCAAGACAAGUACGACAACUGUUACUCCCUUGCCGUCGAAUCUGGCAAAGCCGAUAGCCAAGGUUUCCCCAUCUGGGCAUCCUUAAAUGAGCAAAACAAGCCAGCCUUAUCCAAGAUCACGACUGAGCUGUGGCUUCCGAAGCCCAACGCGGACAAGAAUGACCCCUUAGUCCAGAGUGAAGGCUGCAUCAUCAUGUCGUUUCCGGACCCCGUUACUCCAACUUGGCUAGCGUAUUUCGCAGGGUACACGGGAGAUAGGUUCAGGAUGCCCCAGGUCGCUUGUAUCUUGCCUCUUCGACCGACAGCAGAUGAGAUCAAGGAGCACAAGAUCAAGAUGAGACCUUUUCACAUUGAGGGAGAGGACGUCAAGGGACUCGAUAUGGAAAAACUGCCUGCAGUUUCUGAUAUUUUGUCCAGGCUUAAGGUGUUCCUCAAUCACCCGGAGCGUCAAGGCAUUACCAUCUUCAAGAGAGACUGA